AUGUCGACGAAUGGCGACUUACCGUCCGAUGAUUCGGAACCUGAGUCUCCCCAAGAAGCUUUGGAGCAUUCUGAGGACAAGCUUGAUGAGCCAACUGGUAGAGGAGGAGGAAUAUUGAAGAAGGAGAAGAAGGAGGACCCGAUAACUGAAAUCCUGAGACCUGAGCUCCCGGAGCAGCCAGACCCAAAAGAUCUUGAUGUCUUAACACUUACCCCACUCUCACCAGAGAUAAUAGCAAGGCAGGCAACUAUAAACAUUGGUACGAUAGGUCAUGUGGCUCACGGGAAGUCGACUGUGGUCAAAGCUAUUUCUGGUGUUCAGACUGUUCGGUUCAAGAACGAGUUGGAAAGAAACAUUACAAUCAAGCUAGGUUAUGCGAACGCAAAGAUCUAUAAAUGUGAGAAUCCAGAAUGCCCGAGGCCGACAUGCUACAGGAGCUAUAAGAGUGAGAAGGAGGUAGACCCGCCGUGUGAAAGGCCCGGAUGUGGAGCAAAAUACAGGCUGGUCAGACAUGUUUCUUUCGUUGACUGCCCAGGUCACGACAUUCUAAUGAGCACCAUGUUAUCAGGCGCCGCAGUCAUGGACGCCGCUCUUCUUCUUAUUGCAGGAAACGAAUCCUGCCCGCAACCGCAAACAUCCGAACAUCUUGCAGCUAUCGAAAUCAUGAAACUCGACCACAUCAUCAUUCUCCAAAAUAAAGUCGAUCUGAUGCGCACAGAAGGUGCAGAGCAACACUAUAAAUCAAUAGAAAAUUUUGUUCGCGGGACUGUAGCCGACAAAUCCCCUAUAAUCCCCAUAUCUGCCCAGCUGAAGUACAACAUCGAUGCCAUAAAUGAGAGGAUCGUCAAUAAGAUCCCUGUGCCACCGCGAGACUUUACACAAGCACCUCACAUGAUCAUCAUCCGCUCCUUCGACGUGAACAAACCUGGUGCGGAGAUUGAAGACUUAAAGGGCGGUGUUGCAGGCGGAAGUAUCCUGACAGGUGUACUGAAACUCGGCGACGAGAUCGAAAUCCGCCCCGGUCUUGUCACCCGCGACGAGCAAGGCAAGAUCAAAUGCAAGCCCAUCUUUAGCCGAGUAGUAUCCCUGUUUGCCGAACACAAUGAUCUCAAAUUCGCCGUCCCAGGCGGUCUAAUUGGUGUUGGUACACGGGUCGAUCCUACGCUCUGCCGCGCCGACCGUCUCGUUGGCUUCGUACUUGGUUUGAAGGGACGAUUACCGUCUAUCUACACGGAGCUUGAAGUCAGUUUCGUCUUAUUGCGGAGAUUAUUGGGCGUCAAGACGGCAGACGGAAAGCAAGCGAAAGUUGCGAAGUUGACGAAGGGUGAGGUUCUGAUGGUGAACAUUGGUUCUACUGCUACGGGUGCGAAGAUCAUGGGAGUAAAGGCGGAUGCGGCGAAAAUCCAGUUGACAAGUCCAGCGUGCACAGAGAUCGGAGAGAAGAUCGCGCUGAGUAGGAGGAUUGAGAAGCAUUGGCGGCUCAUAGGUUGGGCUAACAUUCGAGCGGGCACAACCCUAGAGCCGACGACAGAAUGA